AUGGAUCCAGCCAAUGGAACUGGAGUGGAGGAAUUCAUUUUGCUGGGAUUUGAGGUUGGGCAGCAGAAGCGGUUUCUACUCCUCAUCCUUUUCACCAUCCUCUAUGUGCUCACUUUGGCCGAGAACAUCACCAUUAUCACGCUGGUGAUUCUCGACACCCACCUGGCCCGGCUUCCCAUGUACAUCCUGCUGAGCAACUUCUCCUGGAUCGAGAUGUGCUACGUGAGCGCCACGGUGCCCCGCAUGCUCUUUGACCUGACAUCCCCUCGAGGAAUCAUCUCCUUCCACAACUGCUUCAUCCAGUUCUACGUCUUCUUUGCUCUCGGCAGCACCGAAUGCUUCUACCUCUCGGCUAUGGCCUUGGAUCGGUACAUGGCCAUCUGCCACCCGCUGCGCUACCCACAGAUCAUGUCCCCGAACUCCUGCUAUGGUCUGGUGGGUUCUUGUUGGGUCAUUGGCUUCCUGUGGUACCUUGUCCCAGCUGUUUUGAUCUCCAGGUUGUCCUUCUGCCGUUCCAACAUCAUUGACCACUUCUUGUGCGACGCUGGACCCAUCCUGUCUCUGGCCUGCCCUCCGCUAGGAGUGGCGCCCAUCAUCAGCCAGUUUUGCUUGAAUGCUCUGAUUAUUGGCAACAUGUUCUUUGUCGUGCUGUCCUACAGCAUUGUGGUGAACACUCUAAUGAAAUCUUCUGGCCAAGGCAGUCGGAUGAAGGCCUUCUCCACCAUAUCGUUCCACUUAUUGGUGGUGAUACUUUUCUACGGCUCGGUGGCCGGGAUGUACUUAAUUCCCGGCGGAGAAAACCAAUCGGAGAUAACCAAGGUGGUAACACUCUUCUACACUGCUGUGACGCCCUUUCUUAACCCCAUGAUUUAUUGCCUGAGGAACAAUCAGGUGAAAGAGGCACUGGUGAGGCUCCUGAAGGGGAAGGUGAUGGCGUAA